CCCCUAAGCCCCGCCCCGGCCCUUCCCCUCAGCGCCCGGCUGAGGAGGCUCCUCGGACGCCAGUCAGUGUCGCCGCCGCCGCCGCUGCUUCCGGAGCGCCAGGGACCCGUGAGCGAAGUAAGCGCUGAGGGAAGGAAGGAGGAUUGGAAGAAGGGAGGGAGGAUAUGACCGAGAGGCCUUACAACGACGUUUCUGCAUCCUCCUGAUUCUUCAGUUGAGAAAAGCUCACUCCAAAAGCACCGCUUCUUCAUGUUAGAAAAGGAAACUACCUCAACACAGAGAGAAGAAGAAGAAACGGAAAGUCUUGCAAUACAACAAAGAGAAAAACACUCCUGAACGAGAUGAGUUGUGGCCGAGGCUCCAGGACAGGGAUCUGGGUUUGUUUUCCCUCUUCUCAGUAUUAAGAUGGGAAGAAUUGGAUUUGACUGACGGGUUCUGUCAAACCGGACACGAGGGAAGGCCUGCCGUGGGCUGAAGAUCACUGUUGAGCGGUGAUCCCCAAAGAGGUUCGUCAUAGGACUUUGCUGAAGCGUCUUUGGUGUGAAAUGGAUGUGAACAUCCAGUGCGAGCGGCGCGUGGACAGGCGAAGAAGGGCGGCUUUGAAACCAUGCCUCUGUUUCACUCCGUAGAAACGCCAGGCCCAAAACCAACAGUAUUCUUCGCGUGAAGCAUCCGCAGCUUGCUUUUUACAGUUCUCGUUUGCAGCGGGACUGCGCCUGGAUGCUGAAUGCAGCCCCAAGUCAGCAGGCCGACGGUUGAUUCUCCCAAUUGCCCACCUAGUUGUCGUUUUGCGUCUUGCGUUUGAGUCUAUUCUCCCAGUUGCUCGCCUUGUUGUCGUUUUGCAUCCAAAAUGCUCUCCUCGACCGUGACGGGCUUGUUUCUCUCCUCCGGCUCGCAGAGGUAGAUUCCUGAGAAGAGUCCGGUCGCUCUGAGAAGGCCUUGGCCCCACGCUUCCUUAUGUAUUGCUGCAGUGCACAAGAGAGCAAGAUGGACUACAAGCGGCGCUUUUUGCUUGGCGGGUCCAAGCAGAAAGUGCAGCAACACCAGCAGUUCCACGUGUCGGAGCUGGGCAAGGCCUUGGGCGCGGCGUCGGCAUCGGCCCCCGUUCCGGCCUCUCCGGCCUCCCCGCUGCUCUCCUCCUCUUCCUCCUCCUCCUCCUCCUCUUCCUCCUCCUCCUCUUCGGCGGCAUCGGCUGCGGGCGGCUGCAGCCAGGCCACCCCCGUGGCCGACAUCCAGCAGGGCAUCUCCAAGUACCUGGACGCCCUCAACGUCUUCUGCCGCGCCAGCGCCUUCCUCACCGACCUCUUCAGCAGCGUGUUCCGGAACUCGCACUACGCCAAGGCAGCUAUGCAACUCAAAGACGUGCAGGAACACGUCAUGGAGGCAGCCAGCCGGCUCACCGCAGCAAUAAAGCCCGAGAUCGCCAAAAUGCUCAUGGAGCUGAGCGCCGGGGCAGCCAACUUCAAGGAUCAGAAGGAGUUCAGCCUGCAGGAUAUUGAGGUGCUCGGACGCUGCUUCUUGACUGUGAUGCAGGUCCAUUUCCAGUUCCUGUCCCAAGCUCUGCAGAAGGUCCAGCCAGUGGCCCAUUCCUGCUUCGCGGAAGCCGUCGCCCAGGAAAGGAAACCUUCCAGUGGGAUGCAAGUUGCCGGGACCGGUCCCGUGACUGAGCCCGAGGAGGCCGUGCGCUCCUGGAGGAGGGCAGCAGAGGCCACGUCGCGACUGCGGGAAAGAGGCUGCGACGGCUGCUUGGCCGGCAUUGAGGUCCAGCAACUCUUCUGCUCCCAGAGUGUGGCCAUCCCUGAGCACCAGCUGAAGGAACUCAACUUGAAAAUAGACAGUGCUCUGCAGGCGUAUAAAGUGGCACUGGAAAGCCUGGGCCACUGUGAAUAUGCAAUGAAAGCCGGCUUCCACUUGAACCCAAAGGCGAUUGAAGCGAGCCUCCAGGGCUGCUGCAGCGAUGCGGAGGCCCAGCAGGCCGGGCGGAGGCAGACCCCUCCCCAGCCCAUCCAGUGCGAGCUGCCCACCGUCCCCAUCCAGAUCGGGCCCCACUUCUUGAAAGGCAUCUCCUUCAACGAGUCAGCGGCCGAGAACCUCAAGCUGAAAACGCACACAAUGAUCCAGCUGAUGAAGGAGGCCGGGUGCCAUAAUGGCGUGACCCCGCGGGAUGACUCUCCCGUGACGGAGGUCCUGAACCAGGUCUGCCCAUCCACAUGGCGCGGGGCCUGCAAGACGGCGGUGCAGCUACUCUUUGGGCAAGCCGGACUGGUGGUUGUGGACACAGCGCAGAUCGAAAACAAAGAAGCCUAUGCGCCUCAGAUCAGCUUAGAAGGAUCCAGGAUUGUGGUUCAAGUCCCAUCGACUUGGUGCCUGAAAGAAGACCCUGCAACCAUGUCUUUGCUGCAGCGGAGCCUGGACCCAGAGAAGACCUUGGGCCUGGUGGAUGUGCUCUACACGGCUGUGUUUGACCUCAACCGGUGGAAAGAAGGAAGAGAGCAAGCCUUGCCCUGCAUCCAGAUCCAGCUCCAGCGCGAGGUCUGUGACUUUGGGGGCCACAUCGACCUUCCCCCCGGGAAUGGAAGUAAGCCGAGCGGCGGCUUGCAGAAGACGUUCUCCAAGCUGACCUCUCGCUUCACGAAGAAGGCCUCCAGCGGCGGGAGCUACUCCAUCCCGAGCACCCCUUCCAAAACCCUUUUUGUCACCAACCACCACUCAGAGGAAAAAGCCCGUCUGCAGAGCAUCCUGACCAUCGGGAGCUUCCCCCGCUCUGUCGAAGCCACUCCGGCCACCCUGGCGGUCAACGGGCUCUUCCCGGAGAAGGCGGAGCGCGGCGGGAAGGACGCCAAGGGCAUGAAGCUGCCCACCGACCAAGAGAUGCAGGAGGUGAUCGACUUCCUCUCCGGCUUCAACCUGGGCAAGUCCCAGCAGGCCUCCCCGCAGGUGAAGCGGAGGAACUCGGUCGCCUCGUCCUCGGCGGCGGCGGAGCAAAAGCCGGCAUCGGUGGCAACACAGCACCAGCCUCAGUCUUCCUCUCACACGCCUUUGCACCACCUUCCGCAAGGGAUGCCUCCCCAACAGCAGCAGCAGCAGCAGGCGGCACCUCAGAAGGGCCCCCAGCCGCCCCAGUACUAUCAGCACUUGCUCCAGCCCAUUGGGACCCAGCAGCAGCCGCCACCGCAGCAGCAGCGCCCGCCGGGCAAAUGGCCCUCCAACUCCAGCCAGCCGUCGGCCCCGGCUGUCAGCCCAGGGUUGCCUCACCUGCCCCAUUGGAGCGGCCACGGCUUCUCGGACCUCAGCUCCGACCUGUACAGCUUGGGCCUGGUCAACAGCUACAUGGACAGCGUGAUGUCGGAGAUGCUGGGACAGAAGCCGCCGCCGGGGCCCCGGAACAACACCUGGCCCAACCGCGACCAGAGCGACGGGAUCUUCGGCAUGCUGGGCGAGUUCCUGCCCUUCGACCCCGCAGUGGGCUCCGACCCGGAGUUUGCCCGCUACGUGGCCGGGGUGAGCCAGGCCAUGCAGCAGAAGAGGCAAGCCCAGCACUUCCGCCGGCCCAGCAGCAACGCCCGCAGCAACUGGGCCCCUCCGGACGACCCUCACCGGACCUGGCCCUUCCCAGAGUAUUUCAACGAAGGGGAGAUGGCAAACAGCUGGUCCGGCACUCAGGGAGACUCCGCCAGCUCCAGCGACGAGACGUCCUCCGCCAACGGAGACAGCCUCUUUUCCAUGUUCUCAGGGCCGGACAUCGUUGCCGCCGUCAAGCAAAGGAGGAAACACAGCAGCGGGGAGCACGACCCGAGCACACUGCCUUCGCCGCCCCUCCUCUCCGCCGCGGAUGACCACAAUCAGGAAAACAAAACCAAAACCUGGCCCCCGAAAGCUCCCUGGCAACACACGCUGCCCAACCCGGGCCUCUCCUUGUUCCAGAUGACCGGUCCGGCCGGGGCAUCAUCCGGAACCGCCUCCGCCGGACAGUGGAACGACGCCUUGCAGAUCCUGCAGUCCCCGGUCUGGUCCAACGACUGCGCUCCUUCCUCCUCCUCCUCCUCUUCCUCCUCCACGUUUGCCUAUGCGCCGCAGCAACAACAACAACAGCAACAGCAAUCCCCUCCACAGCACAAACCUAUGAACAAGGGCUUCAAACCGUUCCCGGUCAAGCACGAGCGCCGUCCGUCCUACAUGCAUCAGUAUUGACGGCGAGGUGAGUUUUGCCACCGGAGCCGCGGUCAAAGCGGGCCGGACCCUAGACUUUGGCCCUGCGUCGCCUUUAUGGCGACGCAGGGCCAAAGUCUUGGGUCCGGCCCGCUUUGACCGCUGGAAACACACUUCGGAAUCACACUUUUCUUCACUCUCAAUCCCUUUUUUUCCCCCUGUUGAGACCUUGCUAAGCAAAAAAAAAUAAUAAUAAUGGUGCCAAGUGUCCGAACACAACACGAAAAACAAAACCCGCCCCAAAACAAACUGUGACUGAUGCUCUCGCAGAACAAAAAACACUGUAUUUUAUAGCUAUUUGUUAGUCAUAUAAUAAGAUGUAUAAGUUCCCAUUCCGGGCGAAAAAACACAAAGGAAACGUUGAGUGUUAUUUUUGCUCCUCUUUUUGCGCAGUUCUUCCUUUUAAAAUUCUUAACGGCUUUCUUUUAACACGCUAAACGAAAGGAAGAGCGACGGCAAAAAAAAAAUAUUAUUAUGAUUGGAGCAAAUAUAUUUUAACAUUUCCUGAUUAGCUCGCACUCCAUAAAUACAUUGGUUUUGCAUCGAGAAAACACUACAUUUGAUACCUUUUUACAUUGUUGGCCAAAAGGCAUUAUCCAUACAGUGCUCCUUAAUAUAUAUAUAUUAAAAAAUGGAAGAAUUGUUGCAAAUAUUUAGCAAACCAACAAGAGAGAGAGAGUCUUAUUUCAAUUGCUAGACUUAGUGUGUCAUAAGAAAACAAACAUGAGCUGGCUCAGAACAGAAAGAGGUAAACUUAAUAAUAAUAAUAAUAAAAUAAACACUAUUUUUUGUAGUGCUAAGGAUUAAAAAUAAAGCAACUGUUGUUGAAGGCUUUCAUGGCUGGAAUCACUGGGUCGCUGUGAGUUUUCCGGGCUGUAUGGCCAUGUUCCAGAAGCAUUCUCUCCUGACGUUUUGCCCAUACCUAUGGCAGGCAUCCUCAGAAGUUGUAAUGUCUGUUCAAAACUAGGCAAGUGGGGUUUAUAUAUCUCUGGAAAAUUCCAGGGUGGGAGAAUGAACUCUUGUCUGUUGGAAGCAAUAAUAUAAUAUUAGCAUUGAAUAGCCUUGCAGCUUCCUGGCUGGUUCCUGCCUGGGGGGGGGGGGGAGAGAAUCCUUUGUUGGGAGAGGUUAGCUGGCUCUGAUUAUUUUUUUGUCUAGAAUUCCCAAGCUUUCUGGGUGUUGUUAUUUAUUUACUGUCCUGUUUUUAAACUCUAAAAUCAGGACAGUAAAUAAAGAACAACACUCAGAACAUGGAGGAAUUCUAGAAAGGAAACAAUCAGGGCCAGCUAACACCUCCCAACAACGAUCCCCCCCCCCCCAGGCAGGAAGCAGAUAGUCUUUGAAGCUGCAAGGCCAUUUAAUACAAAUUAAUAGGCAAGAGUUCUUUCUCCACCCUGGACAAUAUUUUACACACACACACACACACACACACACACACACCAUUUUAUAUAUAUAAUCUGUAGAAUAAUGUCCCACUUGCCUAGUUUCCAGCAGACCUCCCAACCUCUGAGGAUGCCUGCCAUAGAUGUGGGCGAAACAUCAGGAGAGACUGCUUCUGGAACACAGCCAAACAGCCCGGAAAACUCUCAGCAACCCACUAAAGUAACUCCUUUCCAUCAAUAUGUGCCAUUAAACUAUAGUGGAACCUGUGGAAUUAGAGGGGGGAAAAUAAUCUUCCAACUAAAGCGGAUCGGGGAGAACGACUUGGUGCUUUUAAAUUGAAAUUACAAACAAAACAACAAAAGAUAAAAAAACCUGUAUAGUUCUAUCCCAUUGUAUAUUCACUGGAGACGUCUUUAUAUAUAUAUAUAUUAAAAAAUCCUAUUUAAAUUUUCAUACUUCCAUCUUUGAAAGAGUAAUUAUAAAAUUUAAAAAAACACAAAAUAUUUUCUGGUAUAUAUAUAUAAAGGGUUUUUUGACAGUAUUAAUAUUAUUUUUAUAUUUUUCUUAAGUCAUAUCAUUCUAAUACAUUGACAAGUACAAAAAAAAAUAAAACAACAAAGUGAGUUCUUAGUUAACAAAUACAUAUAGUUUUUUGACGAAGAUUUAAAAAAAAUAGAAAAAUAAGCACAUUUAAGUUUUCCCAUUUUCUACAAGCUCUUUUAAAGUACAUUGUGUAUAAAAUAGUACAAAGAUACCAAAAUGAUUAUUAUAUAAAUAUAUAAAUAUAUAUAUAUAUAUAUAUAAAAUGCCGGAAGCGCGCAACACUACACGGAUCGCGCCGCGGAUGGGCCGCCUCGGCAAGCCCGGAAUGUGAGUGAUCUUUUCUUUCUUUGUGCUGUUGGAAGAUGCCAAUGUUGCCUGUCUUUUAUGGUCUUUGUCGCCAUUGUUUUCCUGAAAGAAGAAGAAGAAAAACUCAACGAAGAAACAAAAAAAACCCCAACCUUGAUAUGCCAUGUUUACAGAGUUGUUUGCUGUGCAUAACUUGUGCUUUCGGCACAAUCCGGUGUGGCUUUAUUUUUUUUUCGUCCUGUAAAACCGUCUUUUGAUGUUUCCUUUUCUGUACAUAAUAACAUUCUGCUGAAUGAAAACAAAACAAAAAGUUGGUUGAGAUCUCUCUCGAAAGUUUGCCUCGAGUUUUCCUGCCGUUGACCCGCAAAAGCGUUUGUAUCGGACCCGGAUAAACAAACAAACAAGCAAACUGUUGGCCCCGUUUUUCCCACGGAUUCGCGAGCGCAGAGACCCCAUUUCUCUCGAGUCGGUGCUACAUUGCCCCCCACUUCCAGUCUCUCUCUUUCCCAAACGCCGGCCGUUUCUUCCCCGACCCUUUCCCCAAAUAUCCCUUCCUUCCUUCCUUGCGCCCUUUGCUGCAGUUUUCCUCACUGCCACUUCGAGGGGGGAGUUGGUGCUCCCGCUUUUGGAAACUGGAAACUGUAUAUUUUGUAUUUUAAUUUUCAAAAAGCACCCUGUAAGUAAAACCACCACCACUACCGCCACCACCCCCUUAUUUGCUUUAUUAAAGAUAUACCUUUAAUAGGA